AUGGACGGUGUAGAUUCGGUGGCCCAGGGCACUGCCCAGUCUCAGGAUGGAGAGCAGCCUGCUGAGUCCCCAGAGCCGCCGCCGCCGCCUCCCGCUCCGCCGCCAGCCCCACCGCCUCCGGCCCCACCGCCUCCGGCCCCACCACCGCCUGCUCCUCCACCAUUCCCCGAGCCUUCUCCAGAACCAGUACCAGAGCCUGCUCUGGGACCCUGUCCAGAGGCGACUCCAGAACCAGCCACAGAAACAGACCCGGACCCCGAACCAGACUCAGAGCCGGCCCCAGAGCCGGACCCCGAACCAGACUCAGAACCGGCCCCAGAACCAGACUCAGAGCCGGCCCCAGAACUUGUCCCAGAGCCGGCCCCGGAGCCGAACCCAGAACCUGUCCCAGAGCCAACCCUAGAGUUGGCCUCAGAACCGACUAGAGAGCUGACCCCAGAUCUUGACACAGGGCUGGCCCUAGAACCAGCCCCAGAACCUGCCAUGGAGAGGGCCCCAGAGUCCUGGCCAGAGCCAACUCCAGAGUCCUGUCUAAAGAUGAGUCCAGCACUACAUCUGUUGCAGGUAGUUCCUGGAGAGAAAAGUGUAACGACAUCUCCAGUGCUAUUGCCAUUGCCUUCGCCCAAACCGCCAAUAACGUGGUCCAGAAUAAAGAAAAUACUGAAGGAAGGACCCCUGCUGAAGAACUGUAACUCCUUCAGAAGAUGGAAGCUUAGAUACUGUCUGGUUCAAGGACAGAAGCUCCACUUUGCACACCAUCCUUCGUUUGCACACUUCGAAACAAUUGAUCUGUCUCAAGUUGUCUUGGCAGAAAGCAGCUGCAGAAAUCUUUGCCACGGGUUUUGUGUUAUCACACCACAUCGAAAAGUGUCUCUAGUUGCACCCACUCGGCAAGACAUGGAAGAAUGGAUUAACAUCAUAAAAACUGUCCAACAAGGAGAAAUCCGUCAGAUCCCUGCAGCCGAAAACAACCCCUUUCUUGUCGGAAUGCACUACUGGUAUUCCAGUAAUGACCCUCGGAGUCAGUUCUGCAAUGUUUGUCGAGAGAAUAUUCCUGCUUUAUCUCGAGAUGCCGUCACCUGUGAAGUCUGCCAAGUGAAAUCUCACAAAUUCUGUGCUUUAAGAGCAAACAAAGACUGCAAAUGGAAUACUUUAUCCGUAACUGAUGACCUUCUUCUACCCGCUGAUGAAAUACAAACAAUGCCGCAUCAGUGGGUAGAAGGAAAUAUACCCGCCGGCUCUCAAUGUGUCGUAUGUCACAAGAGCUGCGGUAGUCAUCACAGACUUCAGGAUUUCCGCUGCCUCUGGUGUGGCUCUACAGUGCACGGGGCCUGCCAGAAGCGGUUUUCCAAGGAAUGUUCCUUCGGAAGUCGUCGCUCGUCCAUCGUGCCACCAACGGCACUGAGCGACCCUAGGGGCGAUGGCCAGCUAGUAGUAUCGCCUGACUUCUGGAAUCUCGACUGGCCACUGACUUGUUCCUGUCCCUUGCUCAUCUUCAUCAACUCUAAAAGUGGAGAUCAUCAAGGGAUCAUCUUUCUCCGGAAAUUCAAACAAUACCUUAAUCCGUCUCAAGUAUUCGACCUGGCGAAGGGUGGACCUGAAGCAGGCAUCGCUAUGUUCAAGAACUUUGCCCGUUUUCGUGUUCUGGUUUGUGGUGGAGAUGGCAGUGUGAGCUGGGUCUUAUCUACAAUUGAUGCCUAUGGAUUGCAUGAUAGGUGUCAGCUGGCAAUCAUCCCACUUGGAACUGGUAAUGAUCUUGCUCGCGUCCUUGGCUGGGGAGCAUGCUGGAGUAAAGGCACAUCACCAUUGGAUAUUCUCAGCAGAGUGGAGCAGGCUCAUGUGAGGAUUUUAGACAGAUGGAGUGUGAUGAUCCGUGAGACCCCCAGACAAGCCCCACUGCUGAAAGGACAAGUGGAAAUGGAUAUACCAAGAUUUGAGGCUGCUGCCAUCAAGAAUGUAGAGUCUGCAACCACUGAGUUGAACAAAAUUCUGAAGGCCAAAUAUCCCACCGAGAUGGUCAUCGCCACAAGAUUCCUGUGCUCAGCAGUGGAAGAUUUUGUGGAAGAUAUUGUAAAGGCCUGGCACCAAAUAAAACAGAACAGCACAGCAGUGGAAUCUGUGAUUUUGAAAAGUGAUUUAAUGUAUGAUAAGCUCAGUGUCCUUAUUGAUCUCCUGGCUGAGGAUGCAGUAGCUGCCUCCGCUGAGAGGACAGCCACAGCAUAUGGAAGCAGAAGCAAAGCAGAUGGAAAACCCUUCGUGCCUCAACUAGACCACAUAGCAAGGGCCAAACUGGAGUUGGCUGAAAGGGCUCAGAAACUCCAGCAAUCCUUGAAACUCAUCAUAUUCCAGGUCGAACAAGUUCUGGAUGAAGAAAGCAGACAGAGUUUAUCAGUUAAGAACUUUACUUCAUCUUUGUUCCUGGGAGACGGAGACGACGACUCAGAUGACUAUGAUCAGAGCCCUAGACAGCGUUCUCGUUGUGACAUCUUAUGUUCUAUACCUUCUCUGAGAAGUGAAGACCUAGAUAACCUUGACUUAGAACACUUACACAUUGCACCUGAAACGAUACGCUUCAAAGAAAAGUGUGUCAUGAACAACUACUUUGGAAUUGGACUAGACGCAAAAAUCUCUCUGGAGUUUAAUUCCAGAAGAGAAGAACACCCAGAACAAUACAAUAGCCGCCUCAAGAACAAAAUAUGGUAUGGUCUUCUGGGAAGCAAGGAAGUGCUGCAACGCUCUUACAGGAAAUUGGAAGAGCGAAUACACCUUGAGUGUGAUGGAGAAGCUGUCUCCUUGCCAAACCUUCAAGGCGUUGUAGUGCUCAACAUUACCAGCUACGCUGGAGGUGUCAACUUCUGGGGAAGGAACAGAGCAACCACGGAAUAUGAUGUCCCUGCAAUCAAUGAUGGGAAGCUAGAGGUUGUGGCAAUCUUUGGUUCUGUGCAGAUGGCCAUGUCUCGUAUCGUCAACCUGCAACAACAUCGAAUUGCCCAGUGCCAUGAGGUGGUAAUAACUAUUGAUGGUGAAGAUGGUGUCCCUGUGCAAGUGGAUGGGGAAGCCUGGAUUCAGAAGCCAGGCCUUAUCAAGAUUAAAUACAAGAAUGUUGCCCAGAUGUUGAUGAGAGAUAGGGACUUUGAGAACUCAAUGAAAACCUGGGAAUCUAAGCAUACUGAAAUCCAAGCUGUCCGACCACCCCAACUGGAUUUCCAGGAAUCUCAAGACAGCCUCUCUGAUGGAGAGUAUGCCCAGAUGCAGCACUUGGCUCGGCUUGCAGAAAACCUCAUUAGCAGACUUACUGACCUAAGCAAGGUCCACCAGCACGUGUCUGUCCUCAUGGAUUCUGUGAAUGCCAGUGCUAACAUACUGAAUGAUGUGUUCUAUAGCCAAGACAGUGGCAAUGAAGCAGGUGCAGCUUCCUGCAUUCCCAUUGAGACUCUAAGCAGAACUGAUGCAGUAGAUGUUACAUUUAGUCUUAAAGGGCUCUACGACGACACCAAAGCUUUCCUGGAUGAAAACUUGUUGAGAGAUGCUGAGGAUCGGGCCAUGCUACAAACUGCCUUGGAUGCCAUGAAUACGGAGUUGAGAAGGAUACUGGCAAUUGGCUGGUUGAGUCAAAUCUUCUUUCCAGAGGAACAGGCUUCUGACACUCGCAGUUUAAGUCGUAGGUUUAGAAUGAAAUUCCCCAAGCUGGGGAAGAAGAAACAACGAGAAGAGGGAGAAAAGCCUAAAUCGAGCCCAAGAUUCCCUGGUUUUCUUGGCAAGUUCUGGCGUCGCAGAAAUCGUAGCAAUCGAGCUAAAGCUGAUGACCCUCCGACACCUUCAAGUUCUCAACUAUAGUCCUUGAAAGCUGGAAGGAGAGCUCUCAACACAGAAUUCUACUAAAAACUCUCAAGACCUCAAGAAAGGCUGAACGAAAUUAUUUCUGAACAAACAUGAGCACC